AUGCUUGGUAAAAUCAUCCUUGAAGAACACGUGUGCAUGCCGGAAGACAACCCAGCCACCACUCUAAAAUUCGCCUCUCGCAACUCCGAGGACCUAGCAGCCGCCCUACUCGACCUCCAUGGCUCCCGACUCAACGAGAUGAACGCCAACGGCGUCGAAUAUGCCAUCAUCUCAUCAAACCCACCAGGACCCCAAGGGAUACGAGACCCAAAAGCAGCCGCAGACUACGCUGUGCGCUCGAACAAUUACAUCGCAGACCUCGUGAACAAGGCGCCAGCACGAUUUGCCGCAUUCGCGUCUUUGUCUAUGCACGAUCCGGUAGACGCUGUGUCUGAGUUGGCUCGCUGCGUCGAGACCCUGGGCAUGGUCGGCGUCAUGUUGCAUGACGCCCAGCAGUUCGUGGAUGGUGAAGGCAAAGUCAGCGAGUAUCACUACGACGACCGACGGUAUGAUGUGUUUUGGGCGGCGGUCGAGAGGUCGGGCAUGCCCGUAUAUUUGCAUCCGAAUAUGCCGUUGCCAGAUGAAAUUACACGGCUCUAUGCAAAGAGGCCGUGGUUGUUGGGCCCGACGUACAGUUUUGCGAGAGACACAAGUUUCCAUACCAUGGCGCUGUGCACGAGUGGAAUGUUCGAUCGGUUUCCUGGAGUCAAGUUGAUUAUAGGACAUAUGGGAGAAAUGCUCCUGGCACACCUGCAUCGCAUUGACCACUGGCUCGAGAAGCGGGAUCGUGGCAGAAGCCUCCCCAGUAAGAAGACGCUGCGAGAGUACUUUGAACAAAACAUCUUUAUCACGACGGCGGGAGCCUUUUCCACGCCCGCGCUGAUUCACUCGAUGACUGAGAUUGGCGCAGAGAGGAUUUUGUUCUCGGUCGAUACGCCGUAUGAGAAUAUCACGGAAGGUGCUACGUGGUUGGACACGCUGCCAAUUAGUCAAGGGGACAUUGUGAAGAUCGGACGGACCAAUACCUUGGAAUUGUUUCCGGUGCUGGAGAAGAGAAUGAGGUCGGCAGAAGUAGAGAAACUUCAGAUGGAUAGAUCCCGGCCACUGUUUACGACGAAUCCUGGGUUUGAAAUCGAAAAGAAAUAA